CCAAGGUAAGCAAAAACCAAACCACGGUGCAUAAUGAGACGGCCGUGAUAAUGCUAGGCAAGGUCAUCUUCUGCGUGGUGAUCGCCGCGGCCGUCCUCGCCGUCGUCCUGCUCGCCACCGUCUCUCCUCUCCCCCACCGGUCCACCGCGCGCCCCCGGGGUCUCCGCGCUAUCACGGUGUACAUCCAUCCGGCGAAGUCAGGAGCCGCGACGCAGCAGCAGCGGCACCAGGGCGCCGCCGCCGCGCACGGAGACGAACGGGCGGCGAGCGCGCUGGUGUUCCGCCACCGGAUGACGGCGGGGCCGGAGUUCACGUCGGCGGCCGUCGGCGCGGCCUCGGGGUUCGUGCUCCCGGGCGAGCGCGGCUCGGCGAUGUCGGCGUUCGACACGGUGCACCUGGCGUUCGACGCGCCCGGGCUGUCCGGCAGCCUCUGCGUGGAGGUGGCCAGGGACAAGGAGGCGCUCUGUGUGGUGGGCGGCACGGGCGCGUUCGCGUUCGCGCGCGGGCGCGGCGCCGUCCUGCGCCCGGAGCGGGGGAAGCGGCUGGACGGCGGCGGCGCCGCGACGGCGUUGCGUCUUGAGCUGAGCCUGAGCGUCGCGUCCGCUGGCUAACAACUAUGAGAUGAGAGAGCCCAUUAGAAUUCCUUCCCUUUCUUCCCUUUUGCUGCGACAUGUAUUCGGGGAACUGUAAGCCUGUAAUGCAGCUUUGAGUUGAUUGCGUGAGAGUGAUACGCCAAACUUUGCGUAAUCACUAGCUUGUUUCCAUUCAAUCAUCAGAAGUAUUUUGUGUGGAGACUGGGAAUACAGGCUAUGAGUUCAUCAGAGUUCGUAUGUUUUUCUUUGCCUCUUUCCACAAUAGGGUAUGGCAACUUCACCG